AACUAACCCAUCUGGACCUGACUGAUUGUUUUUGGCUGAGUCAUAUUACACACACGCACACUAGUGAGGGAAUGACUGGAGGGCUCCUGGAGAGAGUGAACAAAUCUUUCAUUUCUCUCACUUUAUUUGUUCAUGUUGUGAGCAGACCUUGAACCUGUGAUGUGUGAUUAUCACUGUGUGUGUGUGUGUGUGUGUGUGUGAGAGAACAGGAGUUGUGUGGAUGUCAGGUUGUGUGUGUGUGUUUGUGUGUGUGCCAGUGUGUGUGAGAGCAGGAGUUGUGUGGAUGUCAGGUUGUGUGUGUGUGUAUUUGUGUGUGUGUGAGAGAGAGCAGGAGUUGUGUGGAUGUCAGGUUGUGUGUGUGUGUGUUUGUGUGCGAGUGUGUGUGUGUGUGUGUGCGUUCGUGUGUGUGCGAGUGUGUGUGAGAGCAGGAGUUGAACUCUGUAACAGUGAUGAUCCAUCAGUAGUGUACCGCAUCAGUGUUUUAUGAUACAUGUUAAGAUAUAUCACGUUGUGUGUCUGUGUUCACUGGAAGAGAAAUCACAGCCAAUCAAAACAUUUAAUAGACCCAGUGUGACAGAACAGAACAGGUAGAAACCAGACGCUUGUCUCUCAUCACAGAACUGCUCUGUUGUGUACACAUGUGUCCACUAGCUGAAUGGAUGACGUCAGUAAAGCUGAUCUAGAAUCAGCCGCUCCUUAGUGAUUCAUCAGGAUGUUAUCAGCUCUACUGCUUUAUGAUCAGAUGAAUGACGAGAGUUCUGAACUUUAGCACCAUUACAGUUCAGUGGAUCACAGAACUUAACACACAUCUGUGUGUGAGAGAGAGAGAGAGAGAGAGAGAUUGUUAUUGUAACCCAGAUUCUGCUCUGUGGAAGGGCCUCAGAUGGGGCGGAGCCUGAGGGUUGAGCAUUAGAUGGGAGGGGUCAGAGCUGAUGAUGUCACAGGAACAGAUCCUCAUUCAGCUCAUUCACAGCUGGGAUUGAUUUGUUGUGUGUGUGAUCACUCAGAGAAGAUGAUUAAACUCCAAAUCAAACAACACCAGUUGUGUUUGUGAGGUGAUGGUGGGACUUCCGCAGUAAGAUGUAGAAUCCAGACGCAGAGGAAGAGAAACACAGAGAGGAAGGAACCCGACGUCUGAACGGCGCAAACACAGAGAGAGGGAGAGACAGUUUCAAUCUCUCUAUUCAUUUGUCAGAGAAACUCACAGUGACCUUUGACCCUCACCAUGUGUCAUGUGAUUGUGACGUGUCGCUCGAUGCUGUGGACGCUGCUGAGCAUCGUGGCCGCGUUCAGCGAGCUCAUUGCCUUCAUGAGCACCGAUUGGCUGGUGGGAUUCCCGCGGACCCCGGACGCUGUGUUUUCCGCCCACGGGGCGACGGCGGCGGGCGAGGCGUACCGCCCCACACUGGGCAUCUACGGCCGAUGUAUCCGGCUGCCUCACCAUCGGCGUGGCGUUAUGUGUGGACCGUAUGCUGUGCAUUUUGGAGAGAUCGCCAGCGGGUUCUGGCAGGCCACAUCGAUCUUCCUCGCCACUGGAAUUCUGCUGCUGUGCGCCGUUGCCUUUAUAUCUGUGUUCACCAUGUGCUUCCAAAGUAUCCUUAAGAAAAGCAUCUUUAAUGUGUGUGGACUUCUGCAGGCUGUCGCAGGUCUGUUUCUGAUACUGGGUCUGAUGUUGUACCCCGCUGGUUGGGGUUCUGAUAAGGUCCAGCUAUACUGCGGUGCGGACGCGUCGCCCUAUAAACUGGGCCUGUGUUCUAUGGGCUGGGCGUUCUACACGGCGCUGGGCGGCACCGUCCUCACCUUCAUCUGUGCCGUGUUCUCUGCUCAGGCUGAGAUCGCCACGUCCAGUGAUAAAGUCCAGGAGGAGAUAGGAGAGGGCAAGAGUCUCAUCUGUCUGCUGUAGAAGAGAUGAUUAAAGACUGGAGCACACCCCGCCCACCCCAGCGUCAGUCUCUGUUGUUUACCAGCUGAUGUAAAUAUGUGUGUAUAUAAUGUAAAUAUGUUUCUGCAGGAGAGUCUCGCUCCAUCACACCUGAAACCACUGAGCAGAAUCGCUCACAUUCUCCUCUUAUUGAAGUUUUCUGUGUGCACCGUGGUGAAGAGUAUUUGUGUCUGUUUUCUUGUGUGUUUGUCAGUGGGAUUGCAGAACUGAACUCAGAUCAGUAUUUUUGUGUUGAUGAUGGAUUUGUGUUCACAGAUGAAGUGCCAAAUGAAUGUCAGAGUUUCAGUGUCACAUCUUCAUUGAUCAUGUCUUACAGCACAAAGAGCCAAAGACAUGUACUCACUCCAACUGUGUGUGUGUGUGUGUGUAUGUGUGAGUGUGUCUGUCUUGUUCAAUCAUUAUAUCUCCGCUCGUCUCUGUCAAAUAAAGAAGCCAUGACACAAUACA